AUCACAGUAGAAAGAUAGGAGAACUGAGUGGAGUUGUGUGUGUGUGAGAACAGACUGAAAGCCCAGGAAACUUAGCUGAAACUUUAUUUUCUAAGCGCAACCAUGAAGAGGGCAAAUUUGUUUUUCCAGCUGCCCAGGCUAUCCCCAGGGUACAUCAAAUACCUGAAGACUCAGACAAAGCAUAACAUGGAUUGGUUGGAGAGGAGCGGGCCUGGGGAAAUCAUGACCCCCCACAUUGCCUUCCUAUUAGGGACCAUGGGCAUCACCCUUUCUGGGUACAGCUCCCGCCAGCUCACCCUACACAACAAGCCCUGCGCCCGUGUGCUCCGGUGAAGGAGAAUAUGAAUAGAUGGAACAAGACACAUGGCUUCUUCCCCUAUAUCCGUGUCUCACUUUAUCGCUCUUUAGCAUUGAUGUCUAGUUUAACAUAUAGCCUUGACAUGCAGUACAGAUGGACAGUGUGGGCUGGUCAUUGCGUGUGACUGAAGGACUGAUGUCAUAUGAAGAACUUUACCUGCUCUUUGAUGAACAACGUUAAACUGGUCCGUUUAAAUGGCGAUGGGUCUCACAGACAUUGAAUAUGAGUGUUAAGUGUCCUAUAGCUAGACUGGGAACACGGUUCUCUCUAUACUGUGGUGAGAUCUUGUACUUGCUUUAUCAGUGUGCUUAUUUUAAUAUGCAUUUUGUCAUCAAAACCAUCCUCACUCUGUAUGAGGAGUUUUGUUAAAGAGUCAUCUGCGUCUUAACUGACAACAAAAAAAACGGAUACAUAAUGCAUUGUGGGUCCGAAUCAUGUGCACCGGGGUAUGCACUGAGUGAGGUAUUGUUUUUCAAAAGAGGAGGCAUUGAGAGACUAUGUUGUAAUUAUUUGUUGGGUGAGCAGCCUAGAAACAUGACCAAGGAUAUAGACUAUAUGAAGGCACUGUUGAUCCCUGGUUCUGAUCCAAUCCAAAUGAAGAGAUUAAUACCAAGGUCUACCGGGGAAGACCAUGCAGAUUUACCUGUUACAUGAUAGAACAACUUGUCUGUUGAAACGUUGGUUAUUAGGUUAUUAAAUGAUUGCAUCUGA